GAACUUCCAUUUCCCCUCGCGCUUUGUUCUGGUGUCGCGUCGAAUACCUCAUAGACGCGUCUACACGCACUCAAGCAUCCCCUCCCGCGUCCCAAAUUGCGCACUAGUCUUAACGUUAAUCCCCGCACUAAAUCCCUACUCGCAUGUCUCCGGACGUCGAUACUCUCUUGCAGGAACGGCUUGAUCAGCUAAAUGAGAUAAGGACGCGAAGAAAUGCUCAGCUGCGUGAGAUGCACCGUUUAUGGGUGCAUAGGGAUAACAUCUGCGCUGUGAAGUAUCCCAAGGCGGAAGAGGCGGACGUACAAGAGUUCCUGGAACAGUUCGACUUGGUCGAGCACCCGGAUACUGGGACCAUCGAGUACUUUAUGGAGAACGAAGUCUUUCCAUCCAAUAUCGGUGGCCUACUUCGCGCGCAUGCCCCCUCGGUUCGUGCACAUGCUAGCGGCAGUGGCAUGGAGAGAGAAGGCAGCCCUAGUUCGUCCGAUGAUGUCCCACUCGUCCGUCAACAAUCACGCUCGCACUUCAGCGAGCCAGAUGUCACUAUGUCGGACGUUGCGGACGGCGAGGGGAAGGCCCAUGUUGAUGCCUCGGCUGCCCCACCAUCCCCCGCCUGUCAGGCAGACAGGUCACCAUCGCCUCUGGUAGCCAAGUCAGAGCCCGAAGAGCCCUCUGCAGCCCUGUUUUCUACUCCCGCGGGCGAAGCAGAAGCGUCCAACAUGGAUGAUGAUCAUCUUUCCACCCCUCCAGAAGAAACCGCCCAGCCCCUCGCCAUAUCGUCCGUACCGCCAUCCGCAUCAUCGUCCCCACUGCCUCAGUCACAACCAUGGGUACCUCAACAGCUACGGGAACGCUAUCCGCCGGACACUCGUCCAUCAGAAGGUGCCAAUGAGAUUCCCAAGGUCGAAUCGGAGGAUGUAGCAAAUGCCGUAUUCGACUUUACAGUCGAGUCGACACAGCCGACGACCACAAUCGAUGAACAACAAGCGGACGCUAUGGACGUAGACGAAGCAGAGAAGAUGGGCAGCGGCGCCGUCGAGGAGGGUGCCUCAGAUGCCAAGAUCGAGGCGGCGUCUCCUCAAUACCAGCCCACUCUGUCACAAGCGCCACAGAUGGCAGGUCCCUCUACAACACCACUUGCACCGCUUUCCAUCGCACCUGCAGACCUGCACUACGGCGUACUACCUCCCACUGCAUCCGAAGACCCCUUGACUCGUCGCUUGGGACGUAUCGUCACCUUGCGCAACAAAGCGCGUUCCCCUUCGCCUCCGCCACAAUACGACUUCAGUAACUUCCAGCCCGAAGUUAAACCUCCCGCCACACCGCCGGGUCCUCCUCCGCCUGUCUACGCUCCCGAACCCUACGAUCCUGGGUAUACGCUGCCAAGCCUGUCCGAUCUGCCCGUCGACUUCAACAAGAAGGCGACCAGUCGCAAGCGCAAGCGCGACAAGCAGGAGAUCAAGAGGAAGGAGCAGUGGCAGCCCAUCGGCCUGAACGAGUGGGGUGCAGCUAUCCGUGCCAAUCCAGUUUGGAAGAAAGUUUCCAAGUCUACCAAGUGCUUGUCAACGAAGGAGUGGGGUAUCGCAUACGCUGAGCUGAAGCUGAUACGCACGCUCGACCGAAUGGAGUUGAUGAAGGACUAUGGUCGCUGGAGCUUCCGGCAACCCAAGAAACAGCGGAAUGUGGGCGUCAUCGCGAAGACGCACUGGGAUUAUCUCAUGGACGAGAUGCAAUGGAUGCGGACUGAUUUCCGGGAGGAGAGACGAUGGAAGUACGCCGUCGCCUUCAACAUUGCAACAGCCGUGUUGGAAUGGCAUGCCGCGGGUGACCCUGAGACGCGGGUAGCGAAAGGCAUCUGCGUCAAGUGGAAGAGACCACCACCUCCGGAGGACGUGGCUAUGGGUGAUGCGGACGCAGAGGUGGCCGACGAUCAGGGUAUGGAGGUCGAUGACGGGACACGAUCACCGUCUAGGGUGGAUGGAGCCAUCGUGGACUACGGCUCGGAAGAGGAGGAUGACGACGAGCAGGAGAAGCUUGUUGCCGACGAGCUGCAGCAGCCUGAGUCCUUGUUCGAUGAUGCCCUUCAGACCGCCGAACGUGCGGCGCAUGACCCUGGUAUAGGCAUGACAGAGGCCGAUCUCAAGCACGAAGACAUCGAGCCUACGUUCGAUUCAAACGACAAUGCCAUGGCCGUCGACGGUGCUACCACCCAUGUGCCAUCUGGUGCGGUAUCAUCUCAGAAGGCCAGCGCAGCUGGUGCGACGCCAGUCGUCAGUGGGCUCAAGACUGAUUCGACGGACCCUGCACUCCAUACGACCUCGGACAAGGUGGCAACUCGCCCAGACGCACCUCCAGUCAAGCACCACAAGUCUAGUGCAUUUGCCGGCCUGCGGGAGCGCAUCGCGUACUCCGACUCCGACAAGCUCUUCCUCGAGUUGGAUGACUUCGUCCUGCAGCAUGAUGGGCGGGAUACCGUGUCCAAUCUGGCCGACAUCUUCGCCGACUUGCAACCCUACACCAUAUUCGAUCCGCCUUCCUCCGCCCCCGCACCUCCCCUACCCGAUAGCAAGGAGAAGGACAGGCGAAAGAGGAAGGAGGCGGAUAAGUUCGACCCGCAUCGCCGCGUGGACGAGACCAUGGUCACGAAGCUCUACCCUGUCGGCAAGUUCAUGCACACCAAGCCCACGCUUCUUGGCCCCCUCCAGCCCGCGCACAAAUGGCAAGACGGGCACUGGGUCAACCUCGACGACAGCGCCGUCGCUCCAGAGGAGCCACAGCCCCGCGGUGGCAGCAACGAGCCCCACAAUAAUCUAUGGCCCGCCAAUCCCAACCAUCCGCGCGUGGACUACGAGAAGAAGUAUGGGCAGGGGGACCGACGCCGGAUGGAGCCCUGGACGCCGGCCGAGGACGCGCAGCUCAAGGCGCUUGCAGACCGCUACAACCAGAACUUCGCGCUCGUUGCGGAGGCGUUCAACGCGGGCGUCACCAUCGCGCGGCGCACGGAGCGCGAGUGCUUCGAGCGGUAUGCGGACAAGUGGCCGAGGCCGGCGACGAGGUUAGACCAGGUGGCUAUGGCUGCGCAGGGUGGCACUGAGGUGACUCCGCCACCGCCGACGCCGUCGACGAGUAUGAUGACGCGCGGGGUCAAGCGGGGGAGCAUCUCGACGCCGACUGCGCCCAUCAUCACUGGCGUGGGAGGCAGCGAGCAGCGCAAGCGGAGGAGGCAUACGGCAGUUACGGAAAUUGUCCGUCGUGGGGCGAAGAAGCGUAUAGAGAACCAACAGAAGCAGCUAGCCCAGCGAAAGCCGUCGGUCGUUCAUGAGACGCAUAACCAGUACAACAAAUACCCGAGGCUGUCACCGGCUGAACUGAGCCGCAUGAAGGCGGAGAGGGAGGCUCGCGUCGAGAACGACAUGGCGAUCGCGCGGCGUCGGCAAGAAGAGCUCGUGGCCAGGCAAGCCAUGGCGGCGCGUCAGCAGCAACAACAGCAACAGCAAGUUACGCAGGCAGGCCAAAGUCAGGCGCAACCGGGGCAGCCGCAUCCGCAGGCCGUUGCUCAAAACGCUGCUGGGCAAUUGCCAACCGCGCAGAAUGCCCAACAGCCAGUCGCGCAAAUUCCGCCCGCUCAGCAAGCCCAACAGCAUCCCCAGCAAUUGCAGCAGAUGCAGACCGCCAACGGCCAGCGCGCAGGCAGCGCCGGCGCCCUCGCCGUCCCGCAGACUACGCGCGCCGCCGUGCAGAACAUCUCCGGGCAGCCGCGCGCAGGCUCCUCCGUGUCGGGCACCCCCCGCAUCUCGCCUCAGCAGAUCCUGCAAGCCCAGCAGGCCGCCGCGCGGCAGAACCAGAUGCUCGCGCAGUCGCACGCGAUGGCGGCGUCGCCCGCCCAGUCGCCGCCACUGUCAACUGGGACGCCUGUGAAUGCGACGAACUCGCCACGUCCGCCGAGCGCGCAGGCUGGGGCGGGGCAGCGGGCGUCGUACUACAUCCCGAACAUGACCGCGGAGCAGAUGAUGCAGUUGUCGAGGCAUCCUCAGUUGAUGUAUGGACCGUAUCAUCAGGCUGCACAGUCUCAACAACAGCAGCAGCCCCAGCAGUCGCCACAACAGCAGCAGGCCAUUCCUCAACCAGCUCAACAGCCUCCCCAGCAGCAAUAAGAUGUUUUCGGCAUAAAUUAUCCUGAUCUUGUCACGCUUCUCUCUGGUGUUUUUCCAUUGUGUAUGUCUUCGCAAUAUAUCUGUGUUCUUACUGGAGGGUUUAUCUGAAGUGUAUCCAAAUUUCGAGCUUACCGGGACUGAACCAAAGUCUAAUGCUCAGUAAAAGGACGGUGCUGUGAAUCAUAUUAAUCAUAUGCUGAGGAACCGCU